GGCUUCAUAGGCAGGGUUACUGCCAACUAGGCCAGACCGGUUCUCAUGAUUAACAGACAUGUAAAUACAUAAAUAGUUAGAGCAUUGAUAAAGGGUUGUUGAUAACUGGAUGCCGAAAAACAUGAUUUAUAGAUGCAUAUUAGCGCUAAAUAAUCAGUUGAUCAUCUCAUUAGCAAAUACUUUGAAUAUAGGGAGCGUGCAUGAACUGUAGGAGGCAGCACAGGAGCCGUCAGAUUUUAGGCGCGAGGCGUAAAUGUGAUGUUUAUUGUUCCGAUGUAGCCCACAAGAUGGCAGGACCUACUAUGCACAAGAAAACACAUGACGUGUAAAUGUACAUGUUUAUGGUUCCGAUUCAAGCCACAAGAUGGCAGACCCUUCAACACGCACGGUCCCUAUAAACUGUAGAUAAAGUCAUGUUUGUCCAAGGCUGUAUGUUUUUAGAUGCAGGCAAUGGGUCAAAUUUGUUGGGAACGAAGACCUGACGAUACAUCUUCCCAUAGAAAAGUUACAUUUAUUGAAACAUGUAUGUGCAGAUCAUUGUGAAAAUAAUGUUUUAAAUAAAAAAACACGACUUAAAAACUGUAUUAAAAUAAUUCGGGUCCACAUUAAGCCCGACCAGAUUUUAGUCCACUCAAAGAACUAUCCACUAUAUAACAUACAACUUAAAUGUGGACUCGAUGCUAACCUGAUUUCGAGUACAAAAUUUGUAGACAGGAGCCUAUGUUUCAACCCUCCCCAUUUUAUCGAUAUUGAUAAGAAUCGCAAGCGUGUAGCGUACUACGCUAUUUAAAUCGGUUAUGUUGGUAUUAUGGUUCCUUGACAGUUCUUUGUCGUAGAUUUUGGUAAUGAUUUGCGAAACAAACUGAUUCCACUCGCUAGUAUGGAAGUACCGUCUCUUAAAACGUAGUGAUUAUAUGCUCUUUGGUCCUUGUUGUCAUUAAUUGUGACAAGUUGGCGACCAUUAGCACAAAAUAUUGAAUCAAUGUAUUUCUUGUUUUCCAUUAUUUACUUGAAUUUCUAAAUUAAAUAAUAUCUGAAAUAGUUAUGGCUCAUUAGGAAGAGCGUCGCGAAAUUAUGUAUUCGCCGCGACAGAAAUUGUUAUGGUUUGCGUUCAGUUCAAGAAUAGUAUUGUUAAUACUACAAGCAAUAUCUAACUUUAUUAUCCCAGACCACAAUGCAAAUGUGUUUGUCAGUCCCGAGGACGCAGGCCUGCGUCGCACGGCGGCCGACGCGGCUGUGAACACGCUGCUCGGCGGCUUGAAGAGAUGGGACGCUCAGUACUUUAUACACAUUGCUCAAUAUGGAUACACGUACGAAAACUGUCUAGCUUUCUUUCCAUUUUUCCCUCUAGUGGUAAGAUAUGUUGCAUAUGGACUAAACAGUCUAGUGGGGUCAUUUUUGAACAUCCACAGCUCCCUACUCAUAUCCGCAAUUAUCAUAAAUGUAAUCAUGUUUAUUAAAUCAGCUGAUAUAUUACAUAGGUUGAGCCUAAGAGUCUUACGAAGUGAGAGCAAAGCAUACAAGGCUGUGGUACUGUAUUGUGUCAACCCUGCUAGCAUUUUCUUUUCGGCGCCAUAUUCUGAAACGUUGUUUGCUCUUAUGUCUUUUUAUACAAUGUUAAAAUGCACAGAAAAUGAAACCCUUAGAUUUGCGAAUAUUGAUAUAACAAGUGGCUUACCUACUGGGUUUUCCAUGAUUACGAGGUCAAAUGGAACUGUAAACAUGGGAUUCAUCCUCUAUACUAGUUUCAAGAAUGUGAUUGAGAGAACUUUACCUGAGAUAGUGUACAAAUAUAGAACUAUGAAGCGUAAGAUUAUAAUGCCUUUCCUGUUACUUCCACUGUUAACAUCUUGUGUAGCUCUCUUUUUGACUGUGAUAUUAGCUCUGAUACCAUUUGUUUUAGUUCAGGCUUAUAAUUACUUGAAAUUCUGUGUUCCUGGAGAACACAAUCUGCCAGAAUUCUUGUUGAGCUCUGCAUAUGUUCUGCCCGGUAGAGGAGACAGUCCAUGGUGCAACAGCUCCUUGCCAAUAUCAUAUAGUUACAUACAGAUCCAUUACUGGGAUGUUGGACUGUUUAAGUAUUAUAAAUUAAAACAGAUCCCUAAUUUCUUACUCGCAUCUCCAGUUCUGUUCCUUAUAAUAUAUCAUUGCAUGUCUUAUAUGAAAAAUAAUCCUAAGCUAUUUUUGAGACUGGGACUAAGAAGCAAUAUAUUUAAUUUUGGGUACAUUAACAAAGUGCCUUAUAGGCCGAGACAAAAUUCAAAAAGUUUUGGUGCUAAUGACCCUACAAUCUUUGUAUACAUUGUUCAUGUUUUAAGCCUGGCUAUAUUUUGUGUCAUGUUUGUUCAUAUUCAGGUUUCCACAAGAUUAUUAGCUUCGGCUAGCCCAGUUCUAUACUGGAUUGGCUCUUAUAAGAUGAAUGUGGGGCCCACACCAACAUCUGAUCAGAAUACUAUCAAUGAACAUUUCAGACGCAUAGGCAUUGGAAAGCGGAUACCUCCACACCAUUUGUCCAUAGCUAAUUUGGAAGGUGUAGAUAACAUGUACAGUAAAUGGAAAACAUUUAUUAUAACAAGGUGGAUGCCAGAUUUCCAGUCUCGUUUAAUACAAUACUAUUUCCUUGGCUAUUUUGUUAUAGGAACAGUAUUAUUUUCUAACUUUUAUCCAUGGACUUAAGAUGAAAGUGGAGGACCCAUGCAAAAUCGCCUUUUCAUACAAACAUAGUCCUCAUUUUCCUUUCUGAAUAUUAACAUUAUUGAAAAUAUUUCGAAACAUUUGUUGUAUAUCAACCACAGCUAUGCCCCUGUUUGUUUUUUUUUUUUUUUAGUAGGAGCAUUUAAAUUUUUUUAAUGAGUUCUGUUUUCGCUCCUAACUUUAACAAUAAUCAAAAAAAUUGAAAAAAGGCUAACAUAGGGGCAUAAGCCAUAGCAUAAUUUGAUGUAUAUUAACCAAAGUUAACCAUAUACUUCAAAUUAUGCAAAAGUAUUUUCCAUAAUAUCAAAACCCAGAGAGGAAGAUGGGAACUACAUUUCUAUGGAGAAGCGGCCGUCCCCUUUCCUCUUAAAUUUGUUUUCAUCUCCACUACACAUAUCAGUUGAACAUAUCGCCCAGACAGUACAAGAGCAGUUUAUAUGCCAGUGAAUUUGUAAUGCAUCUAUGGGCACAUCUGAGUACUAAAUACUACAACUGCCUAUUCUGAUUUUCGAAAUUUAUUAAUUAGGUAUCAAAAAUGUUAACAUAUACUAUUGAAUAAUUCACAUAUCCUAAUAUCACUUCACAUUCCUCUUAGCUUUGUAAACAGUAUUUAAGUAUAAAAAAUAAUAAUUAUACCAAUUCGCUUUGCAGUAUUAGCUAUUGUUAUCUAGUAAGUAUCUAAAACGUUAAACUUUCACUAAAGGGUGUUUUAUUUUUUCCUAAAUGAUUAAGUUACCUUAUUUAGAAGUGUCAUUACAUUAUAAUCUUUUGUUAAUUUGUUGACUAAAUAUUUUAGGAGAAAAUAUAUUAUCCUAAGGGCCUGUUUCACAGUGAGUAAUUAAGAUAUUGGAUAGUUAAAAUUAACAAAUAAAUUAACUGCCAGAUAAAACAUCAUCCAAAACUUAGCACUUUAUCUACCAGGUUAGCUUAUUUGAAGAUUGUGAAACGCCAACGAUGACUUUAUUCGUCAGAUAAGUGGCAAGUAGCUUAUUCAGGAUUUUACUUGGACAUUGUGAAACAGGUCCUAAACUAUGUUAAACACUCUUUUUGUAUUUUUAUUAGUAGGAAUUAGGAAUGAGCAUCAAUUUAAUUCUAACAAAUAAUAAUUCAAAUAAUUGAUAAGAUCACAUAAGUGAAUAGACCUUUCGCGCUUGAAAUCUAAUAAAGCAUGGGGCCUUAGGUUAUAGAAUUUGUCCAUUUUAAAAUAAAAUAUCGCACAUUACAAUUUUAAUAAUGUUAAAUCUAUCGCCUUUUAAGAAUUUGAAAUAUCUACUUUAUAAGCAUGUUUGUCCAUAAUUUUAAACUUCUAUCAUUCUAGUCAUUUAUUUUUGUUCAUGUAGAUAAGAAUUUUAUUGUAAAGGCAUUUCCAUAAAUACAUUUUGGACCUAGAUAAUUAGGAAAGCUUUAAUUAUAAUCGUACAUGGAUUAAUGAGAAAAUCGCGCCGUGUUAAAAACGGCUGAACUGCUUGAAGAAAAUGAUGAUGAAGAGCAAUUGUUAAUUUACUCAAGAUUAUAAGGCAGAGGGAAUAUAUUUCCCACAAGAUUUUUUGAACAUUGUUUCAAAGUGAUAGGGUUCAAUUUUGCAUAAUUUCUGACACCCUUUAUAAAGGGUUAAAUAAUGUUAUAAUAAAUUGACCAAAUAUAGAUAUAAGAGUUACCUAUAAAAAAUGGUAUUUUUCUUUGGCAUGCAUUAGGUAUAAUACCUACUUUUGAUAUAGAAAUCGCAAAUGUUCUAUUUUAUUCGUUUGUACCGUCUAGAUUGAUUGAACACUUAAUUUUGACAUUAGGUUUGUAUUUGAAGAUGUAUAAGUACAAUGCAUAUAAUACGCUACGCUUGAUGUAGAUUGAAUUGUCUAUUGAUUACUUGAUUAGAUAGUCCGUAGGACCGUCCAUUUUUACUGCAAUAGAAUAAAGUGGGUUUACAAACGAACAUACCUACAGCCAUAGCUAGAUUAGAUAUAAUUAUUUUGUAAAACCGAUUUAUUUUUAUCUUUAUGGUUGUGAUUUUGAACUUGAAAGGUUACGGGUCAAUGAAAUGUUUACUACGUCGAUAGAGCUACUUCGUAGCACGCGUAGCGUCAUAGUAGCAUCAAGUUGGGCUAGGGGUAUAAUUACGCUCUCAUAACAAAUAUAUAAGGUGAGCAAUUCAAAAGGGGCUGAAGGGUAAAUCGAGAUCUGUAUGAACACUUAAAAAAACUGCAUUUUUAAUUUCAAAGUCUCGAACAUGGCCGAUUUAAUUUCCUCUUGGCUUUAUUUGAUUCCCGUUUUAAUUGCUUGCCCUGUAUAUUCUUGGCGCUAGGAAUAAGAGGGUCCGCGGUAAUCUUAUCUUGAUUUGUGCGUUCAAGGAGGGAUAUUUGUAUUUUAGCUUUUGUUACUUUGCACAAAUUGAAGUCUUAUGUAUUACCUUGUUUAAGUGAUUGUAUCAUUUGAAUAAAACCACUGUUUACAGAUUAUAAAACUUUUA